CACGGUCUCCGGAGCGGAGUGAGUGUAUGAGUGAAUGAGUGAGUGUGACCGAUCUGAUCUGCCAACGGGACAAGAAUUCAGAGCGACAACAAUCUGGAGGAGUGGACGAGCGUUUCCACGCCGGAGGAGACUUUUCUGCUCCGUGUCUGGAUCCUGAGCGGCUCUGACAGCUGGAACCCUCCUCCCUCUGUGAGUGGUGAAGCUGCAUAUGUGAAAUUGUAAUCAGCUGUGAUGGAGCUCUGGCCUGCAGUGGCCUGGCUCCUGCUGCUCAUCGUCAUCUUGGAUCUUCUGAAAAGCUGCCACGGCAGAGACUUCACUGAGCAGGACCUAAUAUUCCUUUACCCCUCAAGUACUCCAUUUCCUGGUGGAUUCAAGUGUUUCACCUGUGAAGAUGAACAGGAUAACUUUGAGUGCAAUCGUUGGGCACCAGAUGUUUACUGUCCACGUGGACAGGUCAGAGACAGAGGGUUCUCCCAGUGUACACUGCAAAAAUCCUUAAAAGAAGCCAAAUACUGCUACACCCGCCACAUUAUAGAUGUGAAAGGUGUCAGUUUGUCAGUGACCAAACGCUGUGCGGCUCUGGAUGACUGUCUUGCCACAGGAUGCAGUGAAAUGGAUCAUGAAGGAAAAAAGGUGUGCACAGCCUGCUGUGAAGGAAACAUUUGUAACUUACCGGUUCCACGGAACGAAACAGACAGUAUCUUUUCCACCAGAUCACCUCACAGCGGCAGCACUGAGCGGCUGUCACACAGUCAAGCACAGACUUUCUCAAUCACCGUUGCUCUCCUGAUCAUUUUAAGGGGAGUUUGAAACCUGAAGACAAGGAUGUGCUGACAAUUGGACCACAUACAUUUUGGUUUAAAGGAAGCUCUGUCAUGAGGCAGUACAGUGAUACAAGCUGUAUAUAAAGCACACUGCCAAAAGAAUGAGCACUUACCACAAGAAUAAGAGUUUAACUUGUAGGUUAUUAAAACACUUUACAAUAAGGGUACAUUAAGUGUGGUCCGUGAGCGACCCCUAGUGGUCUGCGAGGUGACAAGCAACUAACAUAUCAUGUUUUAAAAUUUAAAAUGUCAACCCUAACCAAACCCAAUUUCAGUGUUUCAAUAUCAUGUGUUGUUUUCAAUAUCAAAUCAAGUAGUUUAGGAGGUUUGUGAACCCUUGAAGUUGGCAUGUUGUUUUUUUGAGUUAGGUGGUCCAUGAGUGUUUUCUUAUGGGUUAAGUGGUCCUUGGUCUUAAAAAGUUUGAGAAACACAUCACUAUAGUUUUUGCCAUUAACCCAUUCACACCCCUUUACUCAGUGCAUGUAUCUGCAGUGCACUUUCUAUCACACAUCUGCCAUACCCAUUCAAACACUGAUGACAGCCAUCAGGAGCAAUGUGGGGUUAAGUGUCUUGCCCCAGGACACCUUAUGUAGACUAGGGGGUGGAAAUCUAACCCACAAUCUUCAAUUUGAAAGACGAUUUGCUCUACCACUGGUGCACUGUCGAUAUGGGUGCUCAGGCAACAACACGUGCAGUAUUAAAAAUAUGUGUAGUUCAGUCUCAGUGUUCUUUAUCAUUUCAUCAGCACAGUUUCUCUUUGCCAAACCCUCAAUGGUCAUGAUUUUCUGCUUUAUGUAUAAAUGUAAAGGAUCUUUGUGAAGAAAUAAUGUGACGGUUGUGUAUUUUAAAGCUUAUGCGGUAUUUUCUUUUGUUUUUAUGAGCCACAAGUAUGAUUAAUGCAGUGGGACUGGUUCAAGUGAAGGGACUGUCUUUUUUUAUUUCAUUUUAUUUUUUUAAAUGUAGGAUUUGAUGUUGCACGUGUGAGUCCAUAAUCCAUGUUCUAUGUGAAUCAAUGCAUGUACAUUUAGAGUAUUUAUUUUUAUAUCAACUGUUGUUGUGAGGAAUGUGAGACUUUGGGGUUUGAGUGUUACAGAGUUCAGAUUAGGGCAUCAAUGACUUCUCAUUUUUUCAGAUCGACUUAUCCGUCAAUAAAGUCGAAGUCGAGUCGACAAGUCAUUUGAUGACAUCAUCACAUUGACACAGCGGAGGAGCACAGCUGUACAACAAUGAUGAUUAUUCUCUGUAUGUGUAGUAAAGGGCACUUUCAAAAAAAAAAGAAAUCAACAGACCUUCUCAAAGACAUUUAAACAAAACAAAACACAGGCUAAUACCUUGAAUUUUGAGGUAGUUUCACACAGAGAGGAAAAAACAACGCGACUUGUCGACUCGUCACACGACUUGUGCCACUACCAUUGAUGUGUUGACACAUCGGUUUUUCUGUUCAGAUCAUAACAAAGAAUUCCACUUCAUUUUCUCCACUUGUUGAAUUCCAUAAAAUGUUUUUGUAAUUACUUUGCUAAAAAAACAUUACAUGUACAUGUACAGAUUGUGCACGUCUGAGGCCACUGUAAUUGUAACUCUAACAAGCUAUUUCAGUGUCCAUAUUUUACAGCAUGCUGCCCUCCAUGGUUAGAAAUUAAUGUAAUCAAUAUAAACUCUUCCUCUGCACUAUCCUAA